AUGUCGCGUACUUACCAACGGAUGAUAUCCUUCGGUAAAGUUUGUGGUAUUAUGAAAUCACAUUUCACUUUCCUUUUCCCUAAAUUUCGACGUCGCGAUUGCGCUGCCAUCACCUCGCCGCUAUUGUCGCCUCUACGCUGCCGUCGCCUCUCCGCUGCCACCGUGGGUCUGAGUUCCACGUUCCAAGAUCGUCUGGGUUCCACGUCAGAGCGGCUCUGUAUUCUCGUCGGCCACCGCAUUGCUGGUGCCGUCACCUCUCCACCCUCGCCGGCCACUGCACUGUUUGACCCUCACCGGCCACUGCACUGUUUGACCCUCACCCUCGUUUUGGUAGCAGGUGGGACAUGCCCCGACCCACACCCUAGGCCAAAGCAUAAGCCUGUCAAACCAACUCCUUCAGGUGGUUUCGGUGGCUCAGGAGGUUCCGGUGGCUCAGGCGGUUCUGGAGGUUCAGGUGGCUCCGGUGGAUCUGGUGGUUCAGGUGGCUCUGGUGGUUCUGGUUCUGGUACCACAUGCCCCCGUGAUGCACUUAAACUAGGAAUGUGUGCCAAUGUGCUAAACGGGUUGGUGAACGCCACCCUGCUGGGUCAACCACCAGUUACCCCAUGCUGCACCCUUCUGAAUUGUCUGGUUGAUCUUGAGGCUGCGGUGUGUCUCUGCACCGCCCUUAGAGCAAACAUUUUGGGUAUCAACCUCAACCUUCCCAUCUCACUCUCCUUGCUUCUGAACGUUUGCUCUAUACAACCCCCACGUAAUUUUCAAUGUUUCUAA